AUGCCUAUGGUUUCUGUUCUGUGGCUUUUUUCCUAUGUCGCGUUAUUAUUUUAUUUACUUGUUGUCAUAUUUUGCAUUGCCGUUGGAUUGUUUUAUGUUACUGAGUUAGUUGAAGAAUAUAUUGUCACUACAGGGAAGAUAAUACGUUAUACAAUAUAUGCAGAGUUCAUACUUCAUUCUAUUCUGCUUUUAACAGAUAAUGUUUCUGUAUUACUUACAUUGACUGGACUGAUAUGUCACUGUUUUUACAUUUCUAUGUUAAAAACAUUUCCUGCCUUUCAAUAUCAGUCCUUUAGCUUUUUGGGUAGUACAUCUAAUGAUUUUGUCUUACCACAAACAGUUGAUUUACGAUCGUCUUAUGAGACUGACUUUCUUUUACAUGGUCAACAACAACACGACGUUGUUUCUGCAUAUUUAAAGCGUAAAAGAAAAAGCCUUUAUUCUUUACUUGCUUCUAUGCGUGAAUUCAGUUUGCCUUUACGUUCAAAAAAAGGUUUCUAA